AGUAGUAGGUGUUGGUAAUACUAUGCUAUCCUAUUAAGCGUUUCUCUCUGGUUUUGGAGAUUAAUUAAUUACUACGAACGAAGAAUAACAAUUUUCUCUAAUUUCAUUCAUUUCCGUUUAGGUUUUUCUUUAUCCCAAUUCUGAACCUAAUCGUUGAGAAUUGUGACCUAACAGCAGUGUUGACGCCAUGGAUUCUCAAGUCCUGGUAGCUCUUGUUCUUUCACUUGUUGGCGGUCUCAGCACUUCCCUAGGUGCACUAUUUGUAAUUAUCAAUCCAGCUCCCAAUUUGAAAAUGCUUGGACUAUUACAGGGUUUUGCUGCUGGUUUGAUGCUGAGCAUAUCGUUCUUUGAUCUGGCUCAUAAUGCUAUAAACUCACUGGGCUUCUUGAAAGGCAACCUUUGGUUUUUUGCUGGUGUUAUAUUCUUUGCCAUUAUAGCCAAUUUUAUCCCGGAGCCGACACUUGUUCCCACUUCAGAUGUGAAGACUAAAAAGAAAAAAGGGGAUGAAGGAGGCAAGGAUAUUUUGAAAAAGCAUCGCCAGCAAGUUUUAUUCAGUGGAAUUAUUACAGCUGUAGGCAUAAGUUUACACAAUUUUCCAGAAGGAAUGGCAGUCUUCCUUGGAUCCAUGAAGGGCCUUCGUGUUGGAGUCAACUUAGCAUUGGCCAUUGCUCUUCAUAAUAUUCCGGAGGGUGUUGCUGUUGCACUUCCUGUUUAUUUUGCGACACAAAGUAAAUGGCAGGCAUUCAAAUUGGCAACACUUUCAGGCUUUGCCGAGCCCUUGGGUGUUAUAAUUGUAGCCUAUCUAUUCCCUAGCAGCUUAAAUCCUGAGAUUCUGGAAGGUCUACUUGGUUCAGUUGGUGGAGUUAUGGCUUUUCUAACCCUUCAUGAAAUGCUGCCAUUGGCUUUUGAUUAUGCUGGGCAGAAGCAAUCUGUCAAGGCUGUAUUUUUUGGGAUGGCUUUCAUGUCUGCGAGCCUGUAUUUUCUAAGUAUCAGCUUACCAGAAGAGAUAAGCUUGUAGAUGGGAACAACCUCUUUUGUUUCUUAGUUCACGAGCUUUGCAGUAUCACCGUGUCUUCAGAUUCUAUCGCCAAUUGCUGCAAAAUUCAUUCUGCAGGGGUCUCACAAAUUGUUCAAUAACAAUAACUUAAUGCCAUCCGACGAGGAUAGCAGUAGAUGUAUCAAUAGAGGGAUAAUUCCACCCAUGAUUGUGGUUACCCCUAAAAAUGUACAAAGAGAAUUACACAAUAUGAAUGUGCUGUCUCCAGUUUUUUACCCCUCCACCAAUCUUGUAUCAUGUACUAUCAUCAAAUCUAGGUCAAACUUUGAAUUGCACAGAUACUGAUAUAUGUGUUAUGCUUAUUUAUUUCUGUCAAAGGGUAUAAGAAACAGUCAUAAGCAUUAAAUGCAGGUAA